AUGCUGAGGUACGUGCUAGUGGUUUUGGCCAUCGGAUUCGUCCAGGCCAAUCCAGGGCUUAAAGAGGACGCAGUUGGAUUCCUCGAAGACAUUAAAUUACGUACCGACCGUGUCACGGGCGGAUGGCCGGCUCAAGAUGGCCAAUUUCCGUACCAAGUCAGUAUUCGUAUGAUAAGCAAUGUCGGUAACAUGAUCACCUGCGGCGGAAGUAUUGUUGACAACGAGUGGAUCAUUACCUCAGCUCACUGUCUCGCCAACCGUAUUUCGUACCUGGUCCGUCUCGGUACAAUCGACAUCCGUCGUCCGCUGUACAUGAUCGAACAAGACUACAGAGACGCCGUGUACCAUCCAGAAUUCGAUACGGGAAAUUCCAACCGAGUCCAGCAACACGAUGUCGCCUUACUAAAGCUGAGCAUAAAAGUUGCUUAUGGACCUACCAUCCAACCCGUCCGAAUCCAGAACACACAGCAGAUUUACACUAACUACGAGAACAGAGUAUUGACUGUUAGCGGUUUCGGAUACCACGAUGAUUCGUGGAACGGUGGCACCGAUUCCGACAUCAUGCUCUGGACCCACCUCGUUGGCCUGAGCAAUGAGUAUUGCCUCAACUACUACACGAGAGUCUAUGAGACCACAUUGUGCGCACGUUACUACAACUCUACUGAUCAAUCUGCCUGCUACGGUGAUAGUGGCGGUCCUCUAACCAUUAAAGAUGAGGAUGGCAAGGACACCAUGGUUGGUAUUGUCCAUUAUGGUUCGUGGAGAGGCUGCACCAGUCCUUGGCCCACGGCGUACGUUCGCCCUGGUUUCUACCACCAAUGGCUCACUUCAGUAACCGGAAUCAAUUUCGAUUGGAGUUUCUAA